AAUCGAUCGAUCACUUUAACUUUCUACUUCACAACAACAAUAACUCAUUCAUCCAUCUCCAAUUAACCCAUUUUUCUUUAAUCAUCAUGUCCUUCACUCUCUACGGUUCCGAGUCUAACCCUCGAACCCGAGCUUGUUUAGUUGCUGCUCAACUUGAAGGAAUCGACUUGAAGCUUUCUCCAAUCAACCUUGCUACCAAAGAAGGUCUCGAUGAGGCUUACUUUGCUAAAUUCCCUCACAGUCAAGGAAAGAUCCCUGCUCUCGAAGGUCCUGGAAUCAACAUCACCGAAUCUGUUGCCAUCGCUCAUUACCUUGCCUCGAUCAACUCCAAGGCUAAAUUGUUGGGUCAAUCGAAGGAGCAAGAGGCUGAAGUUCUCCAGUGGUCUCUCUUCUUCAGCACAGAGCUCGUCGGCUCUCUAGCUGAGCAAAUCGUGGUUCUCGCACCAUACAACAAGCCUUACAACAAGGUCAACGUCACCAACGCCGAAAAGAAGGCUGCCGGUCUUUUCGCUACCCUCGACAAGUUGUUACACUCUCGCACUUUCUUCGUUGGAGAGCGUAUCACACUUGCCGAUAUCUUCUUGGCUAGUCACCUCUCUUGGGCCGCUGGUUUUAUCCUUGAUGCCCCAUGGAAGGCAAAAUACCCCAACGUGUUCAGACAUUUCCAGACAAUCACCCACCAACCUGCUUUCUUGUCUGCAGCAGGUGGUGAAAUCACACUUCUUGCAAAGCGAGUGGAGUACAGCCCACCAAAGAAGGAGAAAGCACCAGUAGCUGCUGCUGCCCCCAAGUCGGAGAAGAAGGCCAAGAAGGAUGACGAAGAAGAAGAGCCUGCAGUACCUGCUGAGCCCAAGGCCAAGCACCCUUGUGAGGCCUUAGGACCUGCCAAAUGUUUCCCAUUCGAUGAAUGGAAACGUCAAUACUCCAACUCGGAAUUCCCUGUUGCCAUGAAGUGGCUCGAGGACAACAUCGACUUGAGUGAAUACUCAUUCUGGAAAGUUUCUUACAAGUACAAUGAGGAAUUAACUCAAGUCUUCAUGUCUUCCAACUUGAUCGGAGGUUUCCACAACCGAUUGGAGGGUUCGCGCAAGUACCUUUUCGGCUCUGCCGGUGUCUAUGGUAAAAACAAUGCAUCGAAGAUCCAAGGUGCAUACAUGAUCCGAGGAAAUGACUUCAAGGCUGUCUUUGAUGUUGCACCUGAUUGGGAAAGCUAUGCGUUUGAACCCCUCGACUUCAAGAAGGACCUUGAUUUCAUCAAAGGUUGCUGGAACUGGGACAACACCUUCGAUGGACUUGAGUACGCUGAUGGUAAAACAUUCAAGUGAACGAAGAACAAGUUGGACAAGCAAUCAUUUGAUCUCCUUGAAUUGGUUUAUAAUCAAGAUGAGAGAUGAGUUGGUUGUGUGUGUGUGUUUGUUCAUGUUUGAUGUCUAUCUAGUUCACAUUCUUGCGGUUCAUCUCUUCUUUUUUUUGAGUGUUCUGCAAGACAAAAGAGAAAAAAUAAGCUUUGAUACAAUUAAUGAUCAUGUUCUUCUUGAUUUCAUC